ACAAGUAGAGACAGAGUUCUGAAGCCGGCCCUGCUCUCCUCAAAUACCCAUUAGGUUCUGUUGCCCUCGCAGCUUGACAAAACCCAAACCCAGCCCAACACAGGCGAGGUGCGCACCGUCGAGAAACGGGCCAGGUUGGGCACUGGCCAUCUCAUUACUAGGAAUACUAAUUUGGUGAACAAAACGGAUCGUCUGGAUGAGCAUACCAAUGUCGAGAGGCGUUAAGGAGGGCUGCUUGGUGAUAGGGCGGUAGAAAGAGUGGUGAGGGACGUUGGGGCCAGGCUGGGAAGCAUCUGCAAUGUGUGGAAGAGGUCUCUAUGAGGGGCAUGUCCUCUCUCCCACAGCCGAUUCCACUACAGUGUCAAGAUGGGAGAUCGGAGUGUCUAUAAAGAAAUCACCAGUGUUGUGAUCCCCGUCCGAAACAUCAUCAUCCACCCUCAGCUCUCAGUAGUUGGAACCGUUCAAAAGGACCUUGCCCUUCUCCAGCUCCUCUACCCUGUAAACUUCACCGUGACCAUCCAGCCUGUAUGCAUCCCUCAGAAGACUUUCCGGGUGGAGGCUGGGACCACAUGCUGGGUGACCGGAUGGGGCAGAAAAGAAGAAUAUGGUGAGGGUUACAGUCCCAGCGCGGAUUCUGCAAUGAUCCUGGCAAGCCCAGAGGCGCCGUCGCCACCAGGGCCCCCCGAGUCCCCGCGGAUGCCAAUAUCCACUGCGGCUAUAGCACCUCUAACACUCACAGUGAAGUCCAGCCAGACCACUGUAUUUGUGAGCUGACCAGGAUGCGGCCAGAGGUCUAUGAGGAUAGCCGGUGGAAUGCCCGCGGCAGAGCGUAAGUGGCCCUGGCAGGUGAGCCUGCGGAUCAAUGAUAGACACAUAUGUGGAGGCUCCCUCAUUGCCAGUCGGUGGGUGCUGACUGCCGCCCAUUGCAUAAUUAGCCACGAGGAAUAUACAGUGAGGCUGGGAGACAAACUGGGACAUUCUCAUUCCGAAACAAUGCUGGUGGUUCCGGUGGAAGACAUCAUUUGCCAUCGCUUUUACGAUGAUAGAACUUUGAGACAUGACGUUGCCCUCGUUCUGCUGGCCUUCUCUGUGAAUUACUCCUCGUACAUCCAGGCUGUGUGUCUCCCCGAAAGGUCUCUCCACGUGGAAAGUGGGACAAAGUGCUGGGUGACUGGCUGGGGCCAACUGGCAGGUGAGACUGGUUAUAAAGGAAACACUUCCAUACCAGUUUGUGGCAGACCCUGGUGGUCAGAGGACUUGGAUGUGACCCGCCAUUGGCCCUGGGAGGUGAGCCUCCGGCUGGAGAAUGAGCACGUAUGUGGAGGGGCCCUCAUUGAUCUCAACUGGGUGGUGACUGCUGCCCACUGCAUCCAAGGCACCAAAGAAUACUCAGUGAUUCUUGGCACCUCCAAGCUGAAGCCCUUGCAGGCUGCCUUGAUCCCUGUGAAGGACAUCGUCAUGCACCCCAAGUUCUGGGGCCGGACAUUCAUCAUGGGGGAUGUUGCCCUUCUCCAGCUUCACAGCCCUGCCACCUUCAGCAAGUACGUGCAGCCCAUCUGCCUCCCGGAGCCCAGCUACAACCUCAAGGUUGGGACGCAGUGCUGGGUGACUGGCUGGGGCCAGGUUAAACAGCGCUUCUCAGCGAACUCCACGCUGACCGCGGAGCUGCAGGAGGCUGAGGUGUUUAUCAUGGACAACAAGAAGUGUGACCAGAUUUACCGCAAGAAGUCCCCCAUCCCCCACCUCGUCCCCCUUGUCCUGGGGGACAUGAUCUGUGCCACCAAUUAUGGAGAAAACUUGUGCUCUGGGGAUUCUGGGGGCCCAUUGGCUUGUGAAGUCGAGGGCACAUGGAUUCUGGCUGGGGUGUUGUCCUGGGAAAAGGCCUGUGCCAAAGCAGAGAACCCAGGCGUGUACACUCGUGUCACCAAAUACAGCAAGUGGAUCAAGAAGCAAAUAAGCAGUGGGGCUCUCUCAGGCCCCCAGACCUCCGCCUGGUUCCUACUCCUGUUCUGGCUGCUGCAGCCCCAGCUGGAUCCCUGAUCUCCCCUCUCUCUUCUUCUUCCUGCUUUGCCUCUGCUGUAUGGGUCCAGAUCAAGGUUAGACCAAGGUCAUGUGCCUGUAUUCAACAAGAGUCAAGGUGGGGAAAGAGUGGCCCCUGGGAGAUAGGGCUCUGACACUGGCAUCCCAGUGGGGAGGGAUGUGGUGGAUGACUAGGCCUUGGGUGACCAGGAGAAGGGAAGGGUGGCCUAGAGGGGCUCUGGAGUUGGGGACCAGGAUAGCAGGGAUUAAAUUUGUACAAAUGUGAGCUGGCUCUGUUCUCUUUUGUGGGUGACCCUGGGGGGUUGAGGGUGGGUGGGAGGACAGGGCCUCCUGGAAUGAAUUCUGCCAGCAGGCUCCCCAGAGGGGAGGCUGACGGUUUUUACGAUAUCGCUAGUGCAGGGGCAUAGGAAAAGGGCCUGGGCCUGAGACCUCAGUUUCCUCAUCUGUAAAGUGGGCCCGCUGCAAGGGAGCAGCUGAAACAUGCCUCAUAGGCUGACUGUAGGAAGGACUUGCCUAAACUGCUCCAAAUUCAGCUUUCUUUCUUUUUUAAUGGCACUAAAACCUGCUUACAGAAGUAUUACGUGUUCAUCAUCUAUGUUUUUAUCUUUAAAAAUUUUUUAAAAAAAAUUAUAGGCAAUAUCUGAAUACAUUCUUGUGAUUUACUGAACAUAUUCAGAAAUACAUAUAAAGAUUCCGCCCCCCCCAACCACCUCCCACCACCAGUGCUGCUCCCUUCCCCAGGAGUAAUCUGUAGGCAUCCUUAAAUAAAAUGUCUUUAUGGUUUUUAAAAAUAAGUGGGAUUUUACAUGUCUUGUUAAUAAUCCACAUUUUAAAAAAAUUACACACGUUGACAAACUUUCUCCGUCAAUACCUAGAGCUAGUCAUCCUGUGACGUUACUGCACGUGUUCUGUGUGGCUGGGACAUAGGCUCUGUAACCUGGACCAGGUUUUAGGCUGUUUCGGACUCGUCAGCCUGGUGGCAGGGCUGCGUGCAUGUGGUGGG